CGGCACUAGCGGCGGCUUCUCGGAAGUGGUUGGUACACGUGCGUUCGCUAAGAGAUCUGGCAGCGAUGGAUGCUUUGGACAAAGUCCUAAAGCCUAAAACAAAAAGGGCUAAGAGAUUCCUUGAAAAGAGAGAACCAAAGGUCAGCGAGAACAUCAAGAACGCCAUGCUGAUUAAAGGCGGGAACGCAAACGCAACCGUGACCCAAGUCCUCAGAGACGUGUAUGCACUGAAGAAACCAUAUGGAGUUCUAUAUAAAAAGAAAAAUAUUACAAGACCAUUUGAGGAUCAGACAUCACUGGAAUUCUUUUCAAAGAAGUCAGACUGCUCUUUAUUCAUGUUUGGCUCCCAUAAUAAGAAGAGGCCGAAUAAUCUAGUAAUAGGUCGUAUGUAUGACUACCACGUGCUGGAUAUGAUUGAACUAGGUAUUGAGAAAUUUGUGUCUCUAAAAGAUAUUAAGACUAGUAAAUGCCCCGAGGGAACAAAACCCAUGUUGAUAUUUGCUGGUGAUGAUUUUGAUGUAACAGAAGAAUACCGAAGAUUAAAAAGUCUUCUUAUUGAUUUCUUCAGGGGCCCCACAGUAGCAAACGUGCGGCUGGCUGGACUGGAGUACGUUCUGCACUUCACUGCGUUGAAUGGGAAGGUUUACUUCCGGAGCUAUAAGCUGCUGUUGAAGAAGUCUGGGUGCAGAACACCACGGAUCGAGCUAGAGGAGAUGGGGCCAUCGUUGGACCUGGUUAUGAGGCGGACACACCUCGCGUCAGAUGACCUUUAUAAACUGUCCAUGAAGAUGCCCAAAGCUCUCAAGCCAAAGAAGAGAAAGAAUAUCUCUCAGGAUACCUUUGGUACGACGUUUGGAAGGAUUCAUAUGCAGAAGCAAGACCUAAGCAAACUGCAGACGAGGAAGAUGGAGGGGCUGAAGAAGCGACCUGCCGAGAGCGGAAUAGACGACCAGCGGGGAAAAUCAAAGAGAAUUAAGAGAAAUUAGUGGACCUUAACUGACAGCAAGCACUUGCUUGUGGUUGUUACUUAAAGAGAUUUGUUCUACUCGAGGCUGUUUGGUUUUCUGAUAAGAAUUUGUGGCUUAUUUGGAUAGGGUGAGGGUGUGACAAAAUUUCACACUGUAGCCCAGGCUGGCCUCAGCCUCCCAAGUGCUGUGAUUACAGGCAUGUACCACCAUAUCCAGCAUAUUGUAUAUUUCUGUAACAUUAUUUAUUAAUGUAAAAUUUUUUUAAAAAA